AUGCCACAGGACCCAAAGGCCAGACAACCAUUGGCCAAUAUACAACAAAAGUCAAAGGUUUCAGUUAAACCACAGCAGCAACAGCAGCAACAGCAGCAAAUCGUUCAACAGCAACAGACCAUUAUAUCCAAUGCCAGAAUUGACAGUCUAGAGAAUGAGCUCAGAAAACUUAGAGAGCAACUAGAGCAAACCAAUCGCGAGAAUGAAAUGCUAAAGGCUGCUGCCAAUGAUCAUCAGAACCAAAAGAUGAAUGCCAUUGUGCACAACAACAGACUUAGACAGUUGUUCAAGCUUAGAGAAGAGAACAAGUUGAAGGACGAGAAGAUUGCAGAGUUGGAGGAACGUUUGAACGAUGCUGAGAGACCAGAGCCAUUCGCUAUCAAGCAGAAUGUUAUGAGAGCAAGAAAGAUUCAUCAACAGUCAAUUAAGAUUGACGAGUUGGAGAAGGAGAAUGCCGAACUCAAGAAGAAGUCGAAACAACAGGAACAACAACCAAUUGCCGCACCAUCGCCAUCAAAGGUGAACUACAGCCACGUGCGUGAGCAGAUCCGCACUGCUGGACAGUCAAACUAUGGCAUCAUCGAGAACCACCUUCCAGGUGAGUGUUAA